AGUGACGGACACGCCAAUUGCCAAUCAUCGGGUGAAACCGUCCCUGGCGAUUCCAAACUUCACAAUGGUUUCCUUUUUUUAUUAAUAUUUUUUAGUUGGAGAUGUUAAAGACAGCUGUACUGUAGCUUCAUUUUCUUUGCACCUCUCUCUUUCUCUCUCCUCCGAUCUUUAUAAUCAUGACCUGUGUGUUGAAGCUAUGUACAUAAUUAAAGCUCCAACCCUUGCAAACUGUUCAUUCUCUGAAAAUAUGGGUGGUUCAGAGGGGAGGCCAUUGGUUGAGGCAGUGGAACAGAAGGAAGAUUUUUACGAGCAGCAAGAGGAGGCGAGUGGAUGUGGGUAUGGAUGCUUUGGGAGUUUUGGUUUGAGUUGGUGUAGAGGAGGCCGUGAAGAAGUUAAGGGCUUAGUAGAGCAAAGGGGUGAUUCGUGGGUGGGUUGCAAAUUGAGGAAUAUGAAGGAGUUUACAGAAGUGAUUGCAGGUCCCAAGUGGAAAACAUUCAUUAGAAAGAUAAGCGGGUAUGGGAGGAAGCAGCAGAAGAACAGAUUUCAGUAUGAUGAACACAGCUAUGCUCUCAACUUCAAUAGUGGGGCUCAGAGUGAAGAUGAUGAUAUGCCUCCCACUUUCUCUGCUAGAUUUAGUGCUCCUUUUCCUUCUGUUCGACGCCAAACUGAACAACAAUGAUUUCUUCCUGCUUCUUUCUCCACAUUCUAUUGCUCAACUUGUUAGUGUUUUUAAUCAAUCAUUCAUUAUGUAAAGAUCAUUCUUUUUGUUCAAACUGUUUUUCCUUUCCCUUUUAACCGAACAAUGUUUUCACAAGAAA